CUUUCAUUUCGCGUGGGUAUUUUGAAAACAAUUGGUGACAAAAUAUUGACAUCGUGAAAGAUUUUACUGUGAUGCCACAGACACGGAAGCGGCCACACCGGCCUGAUGAUGAUUCUGCUGCUGAUGAUUCAGGUCCAAGUAGUAAUGUGAAAGUGGUUGUCAGAAUUCGACCACCAAAUGUGAAAGAAAUAGAGGGUAAUUUCCGAGAAGUUGUACAGGCUGUUGAUGAAAACCUGCUGGUUUUUGACCCCAAAGAACCCUCUUCGUAUGAAUAUGGUAGCAGGAGGCGCCGGCCUAGGGACAUUAGGCAGAGGAGAAAUAAAGAUCUGAAAUUUGCAUUUGACCAUGUUUUUGGUCCAAGUGCAACUAAUAUAGAUAUCUACAAUGAGACAACAAAUACAGUACUCACUGGUCUACUAACAGGGUAUAACUGCUCAGUGUUUGCUUAUGGAGCAACUGGAGCAGGUAAGACCCAUACAAUGUUGGGAAGUAAGGAGCAGCCUGGAGUCAUGUACCACACUAUGAUGGAUCUGUACUCUAGAAUUGACAACAUGCGGGAGAAUAAAACUUGUGAUGUGGCUGUAUCCUAUUUAGAGAUUUACAAUGAGACAAUCCGAGAUCUCCUGUUGCCUGGAUCAGUGUUACCUAUCAGAGAGGAUCCUGGGAAGGGUGUAGUGGUGCCAGGUCUGUCUUUACACAAACCAAAAACAGCAGAGGAGCUGUUGUACAUGUUACAGUUUGGAAACCAAUAUCGUACACAACACCCGACUGAUGCAAACGCUGAAUCUUCAAGGUCACAUGCUGUCUUACAGGUCUUUGUGAGACAGCAGGAUCGUACUGCAAACAUUUCCACAGAGGUCCGUAUUGCCAAACUGUGUCUUGUAGAUUUAGCUGGUUCCGAAAGAGCUACAGUAACCAAGAACCAUGGUUCCCGGUUCAGAGAGGGGGCUAACAUUAAUAGAUCUCUUCUUGCAUUGGGCAAUGUCAUUAAUGCUUUGGCUGACAAUAAGAUGAAAGGUUAUGUUCCAUACAGAGAUAGUAAGCUGACCAGACUGUUGAAGGACUCAUUGGGUGGUAACUGUCAAACUGUCAUGAUUGCUGCUGUCAGUCCAUCGUCCAUGUCGUAUGAAGAUACGUACAACACGUUGAGAUACGCUGACAGAGCCAAACAUAUUAAAGCAACACUAAAAAAGAAUGUGAUUAGUGUGGAUGUUCAUAUGGCCAAAUAUGGCAAAAUUGUUGAAGAGCUCCGGAAAGAGAUUGUAGAGUUGAAAGGAAAGUUAAAAAGUUAUGAGGAAAACAGGAUGGUUCCAUCAGAAGUUGUUGUGCAGGCAGACAGUUCUUCUUUCAUAGGUUACCAGAAUGAGAUGAGCAAGUUUUUUGUUGGUCAUCAGUCUUUACGCUGUGAACAACUACAACAAGAAAUCACACUUAGAAAUCUCCAGUGGAAGAUGUACAGGAAACAGCGUUGUCUGUCACGUCUCAACACAGUCAAUGAACCAUGCAAUAUUGAGUCAUUAAAGAAAUUUGAAACAAUGUUGAAUGGUAUGAAACAGAAGUCAUCUUGUAUGAAAAUCUCAUCUGAGUCUACGAGGAGCAGGCUUGUGGAAGGUUACAAGCAGCUGGGUGACCUAGAGCAGAAAAUCAGAGAGUCAUGUGCUUUACAAGACAACCAGCUCCCAGAAGUGUUGUCAUUGAGUCUCCAGUUACAUGGUGUACAGUCAGACCUCCUGGAUACAAGACAGUAUCUCACCUAUACCAAACAGGUGAUCAGAUGUCAGGAGAAAGAACUACAACAUAAUGAAAGGUUGAUCCACCUUAUGUUGAGGCUGUUAAAAAGACAACAUUACAUCAUUAAAGGUCACAACAUGCUGACGUCUGACCUUGUUGAGGACUAUGCUGGUAUACAGAGGAGAAUGGCAGGUCAGGAGGUGUGUUGGGAUGACCAAGAAAGCGGAACUGUUUACACAUGUGGAUACACACUGGCAGAUAUGCUGGGCCUUCCAUCAUUGGAAAUGAAACUAGCUCCAAGGCAACCAGAAAAUGUCAGAGAAAGUAAGAAUACUUGCCCAGAAACUGGCAAAACUUCAACUGUGUUUGAAUUUACAGCAACACAACAACCUGUUCAAAAGCAAAUCCCUGCAAAUUAUCCAUUCAAAGUUGUUGAUGAAUGUUCACCACCAAAAGCAAAACGUGUGAUGCUAGCAGCUUGUCCGCCUCAGCAGUCUGCAGGCAGAGUAGACCGGCAUGGAUACAGUCAUCCAACAAAGGGCAGUUACAGACCUGGACCCACACCAACUAAAUCGAGAUUCACACCUUCAAAGUCAAGAUCAUUUAAUGAAUCUUCCAGCUCUUAUAACAGUGGAAAAAAUGUGACAAAAAAUACUGCACAAAAUAAUUCCAGAGUCUCAAGAAAUCCACUGACAAACAGUUCAGCUUCAAAAACUAGCUUUGACAGGAAAAGGAAUUUCCAUCGUAGGUCAGCUAGUGUUGGUUCAAGUGCUGAUUUUGAAACUGAUGAAAGUCAGGAACUAGAGGAGUUGUCUAAGUCUAGGUUUACAAAAUUGAAUGAUACAAUAACAAAGAGUAAGAAAUUUUCUCACUUACAUUCUAAAUCAGGCAAGUCUGGUGCACGUAGAAGCUUGAUAAAAGAGGAUGAUUCAGAUCAUGACGGAACUUUUACAAUUGAUCCUGAGUUGAAUAGUAUUCCAGUUUCAGUGAUACCUUGUAUCGACUGUGAAGGUGAACAGACUGGUGCAAAAAAUACUGUGAUACUCUCAGACAGUGUGAAAUCCUGCAAUAAGUGUGCUGUGCAAAUGAAAAUGAAUUCUGAGAAUAUUAAAAGUUCUGACAACAGAAACAGUACCAAUGGAAAUUCUGUUGUUGAUACUUCACAGACAAGUCGGCCCUGUCAGUGUGGUAUGUCAGACAUAGAACCUGCUCAGAGAUAUACCACAUGUAUUGAAAAUUUACAAACUGAUUAUGGUCCUGAAAAUGAUUCUGGCACAAGUACAAUAGUGGACCAAUCUGCUAACAGUGUAACAAGUCUAGCUUCUGUGUCAACUCUAGUGGAAGGUCAGAAUCUCUCACAGAAUCUCUCACAGUCGGAGGAUAGUGGUCUCGUUAAUGAGCACAACAGUUGUACAACACAUAAUAGAGACCCUAGUUUAGAUAAUGAAAUUAAACAUACUGUGAACACAAAAUGCCAACAGAUAAAUUCGGGAACAGUGACAAAGAUAAAUUCAAAGUCAAAUAGUUUAUCACAAGGAACUGUUACAAAGUCUACAACAACUGUUACCAUGGUAACAGAGGGAGAUAAAGAGAUUAAGGCAUUGAGGUCUAUCAAGUUUGACAACAAUGAAAAUAUUCAUACUCCAAUCAAAGGUAAAAGUUACGCAGACAUAGUACGGACACCGACACCUGAGAGACAACCGUUAAAGCAAGUUGGAAACUGUAACACACCACUUGCCUCUCCCCGAUGUGAAAGCCGCAGCAGUUUUACUUCGUCAGACAGUGAUGCAUCGUUUGACAAGUGUCUGUCAGGUGACAAGCUCUUGUCUUCACAGUUAACAAGGAACAGUGAAGAACACAAGGAGAACUUCCGUAUUCUCAACCAGUUUGGUCUGCCAUCACUUGUCAGUGAUAGCAUGAUAAAUAACAAUAAUAAGCCCAGUAUGAAGAAGAACCAGUCAUUUACCCCCGGCUACAUGCAGUCUACCAAAUCUCAUCUGAACAGGAAAAAACUCAACACUUCCAGGAAUUCUGGUUUAAACUCAAGUGGAGAGGAAGUCCUGAAGAUGGAACCCUUGAACAACAGAGUUAAAACAUCUUUUAUUGCAAAACAUGCAAGACCUCUUUCGUCACACAUGAGAAGUAAAUCAACUUCUAACCUCUCAUCUCGAGCCGGUUGGCAAUUCUGACGGUACCGGAACUCUUCGAACAAGAAGAACAAGCUGCUACCAUUUUACCUUCGCAAGAUUUUAUUUAUGGUUUAUGUGCAAUAUAUGGACUGGUUGUUUUUAUAAUGCAAUCAUGAUUUGACUGCUACAUGGAAGUGAUUAUCUUAUAUUCAUUACGGCUUCAAUGGAAGUAUUUUACAUUACAGUACAAACUAGUCAUUAAAAACACUGUGUUUAUCAGAACUCCUACUGUAUUUGUACCUCAAAUGCCUGAUACCCUAAUAAUUCUUUUUCUGUCUAUUUCCCCUUCAAACCAGUGACAUAGUGAGACUGUAUUUUCAUAUUUUUGCAUAUUUUUAUGUAGGGAAUGAAAUGCUAUAGUAUUACAGAUAUAUAGAAAACAGUACAUUAAGCUUCAUUAGAUAUCUUUAUUAUAACCUUACUAUCAAUAGUAACAAAAAAAAAGCCAUUGAAAACAGUUAUUACACAGGUUGAUGGCACGUCAGCAUGUCCUGACGGUGACGUCAUGUAGCAAUGUAAAUGGCAGGCUGUGCCUUACAGCCAUAAUUGCACACCUAGUUUCAUAAUGGCCCUUGUAGUAAAGCUCUUGGACAAUUAUGACAGUAGGUGUGCCAUUGUGGCAAGAAGGCACAACCAAUCCUUAAUUAACCUCUUAUAAACAUUUACAAACAUUGUUGUAUGUUUAUACAUUAUGAAUGUCACAUUAAAAUACUGAUUGAAUUUUGAAGAUUAGAAAAUACCACUACCAGCACAAGUAGAUAUUAUGAGAGGGUAUUUUCCAGUUCAUUCAUGAUGGUACACCAUUUGAGUACCAUGUUUUGUAUUAUCUUAAGAAAUCAACAAAAAGUCUGUUAUGGGAUAGCCAACUCAGAUGUUAGGAUUAUUAUUGGAAGAUAUAACUUGUAAGCAGAGGUUUGAUCAUACCAACAGAAUGGCUAGCAGUAGUUACCAAAAGAUAUAUAUUUUUUCUAGAUAACACUUGUUUCAUUGAUUUUCAGUCCAUUGUCUGACAUAAAGAAGCACUCUUUCAGAUUUUUUUUGGUUUUUUUUUUUUUCAUUUUAAGAUAUACUUAUUCUUUGUAACAACUGUAGCUAAGUCAGGAAAUAUUUGUUUAUGAAAAAAAAAUGUCUGUAUUUUGUGCUGAUAGCUACUGUUUUAGUUAAGCAGUAAAAAAUGAUAUAAAAUCCUGGUAGGAGCAGUUCACUGCUACUGUGUGUUAAAUACUUAUUCUAAUAUGCUUGUCUCUGUUAAAACACUCUUAAGCUAGAAUGACGUCAAGUUAACGUGCGGUGACGUCAAAGUUUUUGUUGCAACCAAGAAAGAGUGCUUCUAUAUUUUAUCUACUGUAAUUAGAAUCGAAAUAAUUUCUAGCAAAAUAGUGUUUUAACACUAUUUAUACACUCGGGCGGUAAUACGUCGCACAAAUAAUUUCACUUGGGCUGCGCCCUCGUGAAAUUAUUACACCCGACGUAUAACUGCCCAUCGUGCAUAAAUAGUGUUAAAGCACUCUUUUGCUAUAAAUUAUUUCUUAAAUAGUACUGAAUGUUAAAAAGUCUUAAAUUACACUUGAUCAUGGAGGCAUGCCUCCUUAGGGUGGCUUAAACAUGGUUACAUUGUAUAGUAGUCAGAUGCCAGUGUUUAUAAUGUUCCUUCUCUGGGUAAUAACUUGUUCAUAUUUCGCUUACCUUGUCAUUUAAAUGCCAGUAUUGAUGUAACUGUAAAUAAAUUUUCUACAGAGUGUAUGCUAAACCAGAGAAGCUUCUACAUGUAAGGAACAUACUUGAUCAUAUUACUUUAUUAGACUGAAAUACAUGUAGCAACAAAUACCUUCAAGUCUGUCAGAUGACAUAAUGCUUGCAGUUUGCAAUCUGAACAAGCUCUCAAUUUAAAAACUGUCCACCAGAUUAUGUUUCAUAGCUGCUAUCUCGCAUAUUAAUUGAAAUGUUUUUAUUAGCCAUCAGAUUUUUUCUUUGCUAAAAUAUUUUAGUUAAUGCAAUUUUUGUUGAAGUAUCUGCUAUUUUGGCUUCUAAUUUAAAUAUAGCUUUAAGUUGCAGAAUUUACAGUAUAAAGUAAAGCUGGAAGUGAGAGAUUUUGAAAUUCUACCUGGAGUUGAUCUGUAGUAUUGUGUGACAUUAUACCUUAAUGAAUGUUGAAGAAGUAAAACUGUCUAGGAUUUAUAUAAUAGCAAUCUAGGGGGAAAUUGAUUGAUUUUUUAUUGAAAUUCUUAUUCAUUUUGUUUGGUUUGUGACAUGUAUGAAAGAUAAAACUUAUUUUUAUGCCCCCUGAAGGGAGGCAUAUAGUUUUUGAACCGUCUGUCGGUCUGUCAGUCUGUCCACAAUUUUCGUGUCCGGUCCAUAUCUUUGUCAUCGAUGGAUGGAUUUUCAAAUAACUUGGCAUGAAUGUGUACCACAGUAAGACGACGUGUCGCGCGCAAGACCCAGGUCCGUAGCUCAAAGGUCAAGGUCACACUUAGAUUUUAAAGGAUAGUGCAUUGAUGGGCGUGUCCGGUCCAUAUCUUUGUCAUUCAUGCAUGGAUUUUAAAAUAACUUGGCAUGAAUGUGUACCACAGUAUGACGACGUGUCGCGUACAAGACCCAGGUCCGUAGCUCAAAGGUCAAGGUCACACUUAGACGUUAAAGGAUAGUGCAUUGAUGGGCGUGUCCGGUCCAUAUCUUUGUCAUCGAUGGAUGGAUUUUCAAAUAACUUGGCAUGAAUGUGUACCACAGUAAGACGACGUGUCAUGCGCAAGACCCAGGUCAUGUGUCAUCCUAUGGAGACAGCUCUUGUUUAAUAUAUAGAAACUAAAACUCACUGAAUCCUUACUCUUAAAUUAUUUACAUAUACCUUUGCUACUUUUAUGCAAAUAAAAAGCCAUUUUAUUUCGA